CUUUGGGGUGUUCGCUGAGUCUUCAUCUGCUUAUCUAAGUGUUAAGGUAAAAUCUGAGCAGCUGAGCCCCCAUUGAGCUGCUGGGGAUGAGGAUGCUGCUGUAUGGCUCUUUCCCAAGCCCCAUCCCUUUUAACAGCCUCAUUCUUGAUGGGGUGAUGAAGCCGCAUAUUGAUUUCCAUAUUCUGUGCCUUGAUCUGCAUGUCCUGUCUGCUAAGUGCGAGCGAUGGUUUAUGUGCCUAGUAACAAAGACAGCUGAUCAAAUAAGGAAAAGAGCUAUCAACAAGUAGUUUGCUGGAUUAGUAACUGUGCUUCAAGGUCUGGUCUGUUAUGACUUAAAUUUCUUUAUCGGCCAGUGUUGUUUAAUAGCAACAGUGAGUAGCAGGGCAUUGAGUCAGCCAGGCUGCGGGGCUUCAGCCUGUGCUCUCCUCCCCACGUGUUGGGACUCUGUGCCCAGGCUGCAGUUUGCUCAUGUCAUCCCAUGGGCUACAGACCACACGUUAUGGAGGAGCACUGACCCACAGGACGUGGCACCCAGUGUUUCAAUGUACUGUGCUUGAUGUGGUCUGCUCCCCAGAUGCAGCCUAACGCCUUGGCUCCUUCCAUUGCCACGUGACCCACUAGGCCAGAUGGGGCCCCUUUCCCUUGUCCCAGCGUAACAUUUUAUGUGUCAGGCAGAAGGUUAUUUUUCAUCUGUAUUUUUGCAGGCAGAGCUUGAAAUGUUGAUAUUCUAAUCUUGGUAACAUCUUUAUGCUGACUUAGAGUGGAGACUGAAGCUCCAUAGCUACGUCUUGCUUUCUGCAAGAGCUUUUAUAUAAGUUCCAGAACAAAUUUGGUCUGGUAUGGCUAAAACACACUCACAAGUGUAGCACUGAGCAGCAUCCAAAACAACCUUCAUAGAUAGACGUUCACUGUAUGAGGCUUCAGUUCUCAUUUAUGAGCAAGGAAAUGGAGCAGGGGAGAAAGAGGCAGCACUGUGGGCUUCCAGACCCUGUUUGGUGGUGCAAAAACCAUCAAGCAGUUGUGUUCUUUUUCCCCAUUUAUCUGAACUAAACCGGCCAAUAUAACAGGGAUCUCUCUCUCUAAGCUUAUUUCUAAUGUAAUAUUAAUCCACGUGUGUGUUUGUGCAGGAUUUAGAGCAUCCCAUCAGUUCGCACCAAUACAUAGCUUUGCUACUGGGAGCUGUGGGGGUGAGAGGAAUGGAAGGAAAGGACUUGAAAUAGGGGAAGUGAUAGCACAGCAGGCAAACAUCCAUUCUUCCUUUAGGGAAGAAAAGUGUCUAACCCAGCAUUUUAAAAACAAGUAUAGCAGAUGAAUGUGGGCUGUUGGGAUGAGGCUCUUUGCUCUUAGAUCCCAUUUCAGACUAUUUACCUUUUCUUUCUCCUUUUUGCCCACCCUUCGUUGUCUUUUUUUAUUGUUUUAUCUGUAUGAAACCACUCACAGAUUUGAAGCUCCUCAGGGAAGGAACCUGUCAUUUUUCUUUGUCUGCAGAACGCUGUGGAUAUCUGCAGUUUGUUAUAAAUAACAUCUCGGAAUCCUCAGGGGGUAAACAUGAGGGGUUUAGGAGGUAUGGAAUGCAGCUAUUGCCAUCUGUGCAUGUUCUCAUGGCCAUAGGUAUACACAAACAUAAGCACAUAAACACGCGGCACACAUUGAUAGUGGCCUAUUUAGCUUCCACUGCACUUGAAAUGUGUUAAAUUAGUGUAUAGCAAAAUAUGGAAAUAUGUUUUUUUCCCCCCCUUUUAAAUGGUGGCUUCUCUGGGAUCUCCUUCAUCUUCCGACCCACAUGUUGCAGUUCCUCAGGUCCCGAGUUCCUCCCUUCCUUUCUCCAUCCCCCCUUGGCUGGCCAGCACUGUCAGCUGAAGGAGUGUUUAGCAAUCACAGGAGCUGCUUGCUUCAGCCUGAGCACUGCUCGUUAUCUCUUGCCCAGGGAGGGAUGCAACGAGCUGCGGCCAGAUCUGUGAGACCAGCAGAAUAAGCACCGAGCAUCAUGUUCCGCAAGAAGAAGAAGAAACGCCCAGAGAUCUCAGCUCCGCAGAACUUCGAGCAUCGUGUCCACACUUCGUUUGACCCAAAAGAAGGCAAAUUCGUGGGCCUGCCACCUCAAUGGCAGAAUAUUCUAGACACGCUGAGGCGCCCCAAGCCAGUGGUGGACCCUUCAAGGAUCACCCGGAUGCAGCUCCAGCCUAUGAAGACAGUGGUGAGGGGCAGCACCGUGGAAGUGGAAGGCUAUAUCUCUGGGAUACUCAACGAUAUCCAGAAGCUUUCUGCCAUCAGUUCCAACACUCUGAGGGGAAGGAGCCCCACCAGCAGGAGGAGAGCUCAGUCCCUUGGGCUCCUGGGGGAAGACAGACCCCCAGACAUGUAUCUUCAGAGCCCUGAGGCGGAGUGGGCAGACAAAUAUGGAAACUACCUCAAUUGCAACGGUGGGACCAAGGUGACCCGAAGGCAGACUAUGUGGCCAGAUUACAAACCCAGGCUGGAUGGACAGUCUCACCCCAAUGGCAUGGUUGUGAAAGCGCAGUCCCUUGGGCCCUCAGAGUUCCAGGAUGCUGAGAGCAGCUGUCUCCAACGUGCUUCUUGUCUGCAGCACGUGCCAGCUCUGCCAGGGGACAGUGACAGGAUGGGCAAAAGGAGCUCGGAAGAGUGCUGGCCUCAGCCUUGUCUGGUACGGCAGGCAAACUCUAGGCCCUCAGGAGAAGGCAGCCCCAGCUCCAAAUCGAGGGAGAACAGCUUGAAGAGGAGGCUGUUACGCAGCGUGUUCCCCUCCUCCAGCAGCUCAAACAAGUCAGGCCCUUCCCUGCAUAUAAAGCCUACUGCUUUCUUCAGGCCCCAGCAGUGGGGCUCACCGCGCAGCCCUGCGGCCAAAGCUCAGUCCCUCCCAUCGGAUCAGCCCACGUCUGAUUUCCCCAGGCUCAUUUCUGAAGCCAGCACCCCCCAGAAGUCUCCUACAGCAGAGAAGGCAAUAGCAGCACCCCAAGGCAGGCCGUCACCAGCUGGAUCCCCCCGAAACAGGCAGACACAGACGAGUUCCAGCAACCUACACCUCCCCCAGGACUCCUCUGCCAAAGGGCAGCCGGUGAGCGAAGACCCCGUGGUUGUGACUCAUGAGCAGUUCAAAGCUGCCCUUAGGAUGGUGGUGGACCAAGGGGAUCCACGGACAUUGCUGGAGAAUUACAUAAAGAUCGGGGAAGGGUCCACGGGCAUCGUCUGCAUUGCUCGGGAGAAGCACUCGGGGCGGCAGGUGGCGGUGAAGAUGAUGGAUCUGAGGAAGCAGCAGCGCAGGGAGCUGCUUUUCAAUGAGGUGGUGAUCAUGAGGGACUACCAGCACGAGAACGUGGUGGAGAUGUACAACAGUUACCUGGUGGGAGAGGAGCUCUGGGUGCUGAUGGAGUUCCUGCAGGGGGGGGCCCUCACUGACAUUGUGUCUCAGAUCAGGCUAAACGAAGAGCAAAUUGCAACAGUGUGUGAAUCAGUGCUGCAGGCUCUUUCCUACCUUCACUCUCAGGGGGUCAUUCACCGGGACAUUAAGAGCGACUCCAUUCUUCUGACCCUGGAUGGAAGGGUCAAGCUCUCAGAUUUUGGUUUCUGUGCUCAGAUCAGUAAAGAUGUACCUAAAAGAAAGUCCUUGGUAGGUACUCCCUACUGGAUGGCUCCAGAAGUUAUUGCAAGGGUGCCGUACACCACUGAGGUGGACAUCUGGUCUCUGGGGAUCAUGGUGAUAGAGAUGGUGGAUGGAGAACCCCCCUAUUUCAGUGAUUCUCCAGUCCAGGCAAUGAAGAGACUCCGUGACAGUCCUCCUCCCAAACUGAAGAACUUCCACAGGACUUCUCCAGUUCUGAGGGAUUUCUUGGAAAGGAUGCUAACACGGGAGCCACUAGAAAGAGCAACGGCACAGGAACUUCUGGACCAUCCCUUUCUGCUCCAGACAGGGCUCCCAGAGUGCCUGGUCCCCCUCAUCCAGCAAUACAGAAAGCGUACCUCUACCUGCUGACUUCACAGAGGGGAAAUGCUGGGAUAAGGUAACGUGUAAGAGACAAUCAGGAGACCAGGCAGUCUUAUCCUGUGUAAUGGUGCUCGGGACUCGUCAGUGGUCUUCUCACAGGAUAGGCCCUUGUGUUCUCGGCCUUUGUGACUUCUCUUUUGCUAAAGACAAUCAAUGCAGACUCAAUACGACCGCGUUCUUCUCAAGAGCAGAGCAGGUGCUGGAUGACUUCUGGAUCGCUUCUUCCAAAGAAUGGCAUUUGUAUGUGGACCUGAGGUUGUGUAUCUGAGUGCUUGCAGGUUCCUGCAAACCUUGGCUGCUGAUUACUGAACUGGAAGAGAAUUUCCCUACUAGAAAUGUGACCUUUGCUUUGUCAGACGUACACUGGAGCGCUGGGCUCCCCUAAAUGUACAUUGUGGGGCACAGAUGCCUUUCAACUCUCCAAUGUUGCACAAUGACUUCACAUAUUUUGUUUUUCCUCCAUGGACGAUUUUAAUCUUCAAUUAAACGUGGACGUAGAAUGCUGUACAUAUUUCCCCAGGGAGCAGAUGUGAUAUGUACGUAUUUGUUUUCCAAUGGCUCCCUUGCAUCAACACGCAUCUCUUUUGCUGAGGAAUACGUACGGUUUAGUGGUCAGUCUUGAAUCCAUUUCAUUCCCUUAAACUUUUGGAGGGGAGACCAUUGGAGGGGGAACUCUUUGGGAGACAGAAUGAAAGAGUUUCAGCUGUCCUGCCUAUAUCCCAGGAGAGAUUUUUAUGUGCACAGCAAGGCUGUUUGUUCAGCCUCCCUCUCCCUUGCUUCCUACUGCAGGACAUGGGGAGAAGGGGAACUUUUGAUGUACGUUUUGUAAUUGGUGUGUCCUUCCUCCAUCACCCCCUUGGUGAUACAUUCAGAAGGACUCUGGUUGUCUAAGCAGACCUCUUGGUUAUUUUUAAAUGGAUUUAGGUAUUUUGUACGAUGCAGUUUCUGAUCAGUGAGAUAGUCGAGGUAAUUGGACUCUAGGUCAGGAUGUCACGUUGUGCAGUGGUGGUGCCUAUUGUUGUGAGGUCUCAAGAGUGUGUCUUAUGUAUGAAAGCGGGAUCCCGUUUUGAAACUCAAAGUUAUUGAAAAUUAAGUUAUUCUUGGGACAGUCGUGCUGUCCCAGAUACCCUUCACUGCAUUUUCUUCAGAAGAUGUUGAUAAUCUCUAUCCUCUGCUGUUUACUCCAAUGAUAGAUCCUGCUUCAGAAUUGAAGCCACAGUUGAUUACUUGAAGUAAUUUGGGAUGGAAUUCAUCUGCACUUUUGUCAGUCACAUAAAGGGUGGGUGCUGAGACUGCCAAGCACACUGGUUGCCUCUGUAGGCUGUGAUGAGAGAAGCAGCUCCAGAAGGUGAUUCAGCUCCAGUAUUUAUUUGCCUGCUGAGGGAUGAGUUUGCUGCCUCUCAAUGGCGCUCUACCUGUGGCCAGCAGAUCGUGGUGGUCCGCACUGACUGGAUGUCUGAGUUUGUGGUUGAUAAAGCUAAUUGAAAUGAAUUUGUUUAGCUCUUCCUGAGCUGCACUGGAAAGUUUUUGAUGUCAAAUGUUUCUGUUUCUUUCUUUCUUUUUUUUUUUUUUUUUUCUUUUUUUUUUUUUUUUUUUUUUUUUUUUUUUUUUUUUUUUUUUUUAAUGCAAAAGAGCAGGGCUUUGAAAAAGAUUUAUAAUUCAAAACAAGCGAUCCUGCUCACCUGUGGUUGUGAAUCCUUUGCACUUGUGUUUUAAAUUAAAGUAGACCUUGAUUUAUUCAUA